AUGAAAUUUUUGGGCAUGGUCAGAUAUGUGCAGAGUGGGAAGAGAUUAGAGUCCCAUGAGGACGUGCCCGGCAUGAUUCGUGAACAGAUAUAUACCUAUCUGGACGACGUACUGAUCUUUAGUGAUAGCGAGAAAGAACAUACUGAGCAUGUUUUGAAAGUUCUUAGGCGCCUGCGGGACCGCGGCCUACAGGUCGAUAUCGAUAAAUGCGACUUUGAUACCCGGGAAAUCAAGUACCUCGGCUUGAUCGUCACUACUGCAGGCAUUCGCAUGGAUCCGGAGAAGGUAGCUGCCAUUCGCGAGUGGCAGACCCCUUCCUCGGUUAAAGAUGUCCUCUCAUUCGUUAACUUUGCGGGCUUCUAUCGCCGUUUUAUCUACAGAUUCUCGCAUCGUUUCUUGAGAUAUCAAUUAGGCGUGGCGUGUGGUAUUUGCUCGAACCGGUCGGCUCUUAUUGCAGGCGUUGAUACCUCGACUUUCUUCAUCCACCUCUUCGAUGAUGCAGAAAUUGACACCAAUUAUGGCGAUUCAAAGCCAGAAAAAAUGAGUGUGCACCUACACUCGGGCAUGGUUUACGACUGUAUUCGCGUCCAGCUCGUUCGUGAUGGCCCGCUGCCCUAUAUGGGCAUUAUUCGUCAGGUCACUGAGCUCCAUAUCAUCCAUGGAGACAUGCAGUGGAGUGUUGGAGAUACCCAAAAUGACCAUCCGUGGACGGCAUCAUUGCCAGUCAACUCUCUCAAUAGUAGAGAGUUUUACAUCUAUGCCUAUGUUGAUGUGAAGUAUCGGCGUCGCGGCCCUGCUGGAGCAUAA